CGGCAAAACGCUCUGUUUCCAUUCUUUUCUCACUGUUCUGCAUUCCAUUGUUGUCUUCUGUUCUGCAUUUCCCCUUCGGAACGCCUGCUUCUAUCGCUGUAGCUCAAAACCCCGCUCCCAAUUGUCAGAUUCGCAUGCAGAGCCUGUCUGGUUUCUCCUCGCGCGUGCUGCGGGCUUUUCAGAAUUCCCAAUUCCCAAACCCGAGGUCAAUUGCAUUGCUGGGAGGCCGCCUCGUAGCCUCCUUCCAAUCAUCGGCACCCAAUCGUACCUGGAUUCACGACCCUCAGACCGACACCCUCAUGGCGAAUGUGAAGGCUGCGGAUCCGAGUUAUGCAGACUCGGGGCAUGAGGACGUGUACGGAGAGGACGAUGCAACCAAGGAUCUGCCUGUGACCCCAUGGGGCAGGUUUAUUGCUAACGGCAUGGACCUGUUGCGCGACCCCCGCUUCAACAAGGGCACCGCUUUCACAGAGGAGGACAGGAAGCACCACUACCUCGAGGGGCUGCUGCCGCCCAUCAUCCUCAGUCAGGAGCAGCAGAUUGAGCGCAUCGUGCACAACAUCCGCAGCAAGGCGGACCCGCUGCAGCGGUACCUGGACAUGAUGGACCUGCAGGACCGCAACGAGCGCCUCUUCUUUGCGACGCUCAUCGAGCACGUCGAGGAGCUGAUGCCCGUCGUGUACACGCCCACGGUCGGCGAGGCCUGUGAGAAGUACGGCACUGUCUUCCGCCGCUCGCGCGGGCUCUUCAUCACCAUCAAGGACAAGGGCAGGGUUUACGAGGUCCUGAAGAACUGGCCGGAGUACAAGGUCGCCGUGAUUGUGGUCACUGACGGGGAGCGCAUUCUUGGGCUCGGCGACCUUGGUAUCCAGGGCAUGGGCAUCCCCGUGGGGAAGCUCGCGCUGUACACUGCCCUCGGAGGCAUCCGGCCUUCACAGUGCCUUCCCAUCACCAUCGAUGUUGGUACAGACAACGAGAAGCUGCUGAACGACCCGUUCUACAUCGGCCUGAAACAGAAGCGCGUCAGGGGACAGGAGUACGACGAUCUCCUGGACGAAUUCAUGCACGCGGUGAAGCGGCGCUACGGCGAGAAGGUGCUGGUGCAGUUCGAGGACUUCGCCAACAGUAAUGCGUUCCGCCUGCUCGAAAAGUACCGCACCACGCACCUCACCUUCAACGAUGACAUCCAGGGCACAGCUUCCGUCACGCUCGCGGGACUAAUGGCCGCCCUUCCUCUCAACGGAGGCAGCAUGGCGGACCACCGCUUCCUGUUCCAGGGGGCUGGCGAGGCUGGCACGGGUAUUGCCGACCUGAUUGCACUGUCCAUCAGCAAAGACGGACAGAAGUCGGUCGAGGAGGCGCGCAAGCAGAUCUACCUGGUUGAUUCUAAGGGCCUCGUAACCGCAUCCCGGGGCAUCGAGUCCCUCCCCGAGCACAAGCAGAAGUGGGCGCACGAGCACCCCCCUGUCGGGAGCCUGAUCGAGGCGAUCCACGCGCUCAAGCCGACGGCACUCAUUGGGGUCUCCGCAAUGCGGGGGGCGUUCGACAAAGAUGUCCUGCAGGCUAUGGCCAAGUAUCACCCUCGCCCCAUCAUUUUCGCCUUGUCCAACCCGACCUCUAAGGCCGAGUGCACCGCUGAGGAGGCGUACAAGGAGACCAACGGCGCCGCCGUCUUUGCCAGCGGGAGUCCCUUUGGCCCAGUCGAAGUGAACGGCAAGCCGCGCUUGACGGGACAGGGCAACAACGCCUACAUCUUCCCGGGGAUCGGCCUCGGAUGCAUCAUCUCGGGUUCCGUCCGUAUCCACGACGACUUCUUCCUGGUGGCCGCGGAGGCGCUAGCGUCCCAAGUCACGGACGAUGACCGCGCACAAGGCCUGGUGUACCCGCCCUUCACGCGCAUCCGCACCAUAUCCGCGGUCAUCGCCACCGCCGUUGCGGAGCGCUCCUACGAGCUCGGGCUGGCGUCACGGCUGCCAAAGCCAGCCAACCUGCUGGAAUAUUCCAAGAGGUGCAUGUACAAUCCCGAUUACCGGAAAUACUAUUAAACGCCCUAUCUUGGUUAGAAAUCUGAUCAACUGUGGUGGUGAUUAUUGCUGCUAUCAAGUCCAGGCGCUGAACAUGUGUACAAAACUGAACCACUUGCCAGGCGUCAGGUCAUUGUAGAAGGGCUCGGUGUUGAUAUAGGUGGGUACAAUAGCUCGGAGGCACCAAAAGCAGUGGUGUUUUCGAAUCAAAUGGUCAUUGAAGAGGCUGUGCAAUCGGGACGAAUAAAAGGCGGCUGGGCACAACAAUGAGCGAUAAUUUUUGUGCCUGACCUUGUACGCAUUUAGG